AAUUCAUUUUUAAUACUUUAGCAGUCCACGGUAAUGUCCUAAACAGGGUGCAUUUGAUUUUAAUUUAGCUUUCAAAAUGGCGGCUGUCAAUGUUGCCCUGAUUCGUGACACCAAAUGGCUGACUUUAGAAGUCUGUAGAGAAUUUCAGAGAGGAACUUGCUUUCGAGAUGAUGCAGAUUGCAAAUUUGCCCAUCCACCAAGACUUUGCCAUGUGGAAAAUGGCCGUGUGAUAGCCUGUUUUGAUUCUCUAAAGGGAAGGUGUGCUCGAGAGAACUGCAAGUACCUUCACCCUCCUCCACACUUAAAAACUCAGCUGGAGAUUAAUGGACGCAACAAUCUGAUUCAACAGAAGACUUUCGCAGCCAUGUUUGCCCAGCAUAUGCAGUUUAUGCUCCAAAAUGCUCAAAUGCCACCACUUGCUUCUUUUCCUGUGGCCCCACCACUUGCACCUAAUCCUCCGGUGGCUUUUAAUCCUUACUUGCCGCAUCCUGGAAUGGGCCUGUUUCCUGCUGAACUUAUACCAAAUGCACCUUUUCUGAUUCCUGGAAAUCCACCUCUCUCAAUGCCAGGAGCUGCUGCUCCAAAACCGAUGCGUUCAGAUAAACUGGAGGUUUGCCGAGAAUUUCAGCGUGGAAAUUGUACCCGUGGGGAGAGUGAUUGCCGCUAUGCUCACCCUACGGAUCUUUCCAUGAUUGAAGCAAGUGAUAAUACUGUGACAAUCUGCAUGGAUUACAUCAAAGGUCGAUGCACCCGAGAGAAAUGCAAGUACUUUCAUCCUCCUGCACACUUGCAAGCCAAACUGAAGGCGGCUCAUCACCAGAUGAACCAUUCAGCUGCCUCUGGAAUGGCGCUGAUUAAUCCACAGAUGCCUCAGCCGGCAUUUAUCCCUGCAGGGCCAAUAUUGUGCAUGGCACCCGCUUCAAGUAUUGUGCCCAUGAUACACGGUGCUCCAUCUACCACUGUGUCUGCAGCAGCAACACCUGCCACCAGCGUUCCAUUCGCUGCAACAGCCGCAGGCAAUCAGAUACCCCAAUUAUCAAUAGAUGAUCUGAAUAACAGCAUGUUUGUUACACAGAUGUAGAAGUUACCAGUAGAACAUUGAAGUUCUGAGCAGCAGAAUUAUGGAGUUUCAGAAUCUCUCCGUGAAAACCCCCAUAUGGCCUUUCUCUGUAUAUUCUCGUAUGUCCUCUUCUACCAACACAACAAUAUGUGUGGUGCAGUCAAUAUAUUAAGCAAAACAAAGAUACCAGCCAACAAAUUCAAAUAAGAAAAAAUGAAACAUCAAAAGUCAAUGGAGAUGUUAAAACAAAACACAAUUAGAAAACUAGUAACUACCAUCUUUGUUAAAUUAUUUAGUAGAAGAUGACCGUAAAAUUUUGUAAGUUGUUACAUUACUCUUUGUGAUUUUCCUGUAACCAUGCUAAGUGAAUUUCUACAGUGAAGUGUUGGCUUACUAUACAUUCUUGGUGGAUAAAUGUUUAUCUGUUUUUGAAGUGUUACGUUGCUAUUUUGUUUACAUAAUAAUCUACUGGUUUGCUUUAGAAAGUAACAUAUAUUCAGUACUAUUU